CGAGGCGGCGGCUUCCUGCUCGUGUGAACACGUGGUUCCGUGUCUGCUUCCCUACUUAUCUGUCACUGAAAGGUUCUUCCCUCACUCCUCCACCACCACCACCUCUUCUUCACCUUUUCACACAACACAGCAGACCUGCUGCUGCUCCUCUUCUUCCUCGAAACCACGGUGACUUCCGCGUGUUUCCGCCUCAGAGAGAGUGAAAGUGUGUGUGUGUGUGUGUGAGAGAGAGAGAGAGAGAGGGUGAGAAAGAGGAGUGAGUGCGUGUGUGUGCGCGCACCCGCCCGCCCGCAACCGGUCCGUCCGCGAUAUCCCCCCCCCUCCCCUCCCCUCCCACAUCCCCACUAUCCCGACUCGUUCUUCGGUCAUGACGCUGGAAUCGAUCCGUUACCGGGCCGGGUCUCUGCAGGUCCUCAACCAGCUGCUGCUGCCUCACCAGACCGCGUACGAUGAGAUCCGCACUGUGCAGGACGCCUACGAGGCCAUCAAGUCCAUGAAGGUACGCGGCGCCCCUGCCAUAGCCAUCGUCGGUUGCCUCAGCCUGGCUGUGGAGCUGCGGGCAGGUGUUGGCGGGGAUGACCCUGUGACCUUCAUCAGGGAGUCUCUGUGUCACCUGACCUCAGCCAGGCCCACCGCGGUCAACAUGGGCCGUGCCGCCCGCGAGCUGAUGGAGUUUGCUGAGAACGAGAGCAUGGAGAAGAACUCGGAGCAGCUUCGAGAAAGUGUCAUUGCCUGGAUCGAAGACAUGCUGGAGCGCGACGUCAAUGACAACAGGAAGAUCGGCAACAACGGCGCACAGCACAUCCUGUCCGGCGUCCCGAGGGACUCUGUGACCAUCCUCACACACUGCAACACCGGCUCACUAGCCACAGCUGGAUAUGGGACUGCACUGGGCGUGGUGCGAAGCCUCCACGCGCUGGGGAGGCUGAAGCGCGUGUACUGCACGGAGACGAGACCGUACAACCAGGGAUCCAGGCUGACGGCGUAUGAGGCAGUGGCGGAGGGAAUCCCCGCCACGCUUAUCACGGACAGCAUGGCGGCUCUCACCAUGAGAGAAAUGGACAUCACAGCUGUGGUGGUGGGUGCAGACAGGGUGGUUGCCAACGGGGACACGGCCAACAAGGUGGGCACGUACCAACUGGCCAUCUCCGCGAAGCACCAUGGGAUUCCCUUCUACGUGGCUGCACCCAGCACGUCGUGCGACUUGAGCCUGGAGAGCGGCAGAGACAUCAUCAUCGAAGUGCGACCCCCUGAGGAGCUCACCAGUAUAAAUGGAGUCCCCAUAGCAGCAAAGGGUAUCGAUGUCUGGAACCCGGCGUUUGACGUGACUCCUCACCAGCUCAUCACAGGAGGCAUCAUCACAGAGCUGGGAGUCUUCCUCCCCUCUGAGCUCCAGGCUGCGCUCACCGGCCGCCUCACUGCCCUUUAGAGCCGCUCAGUACCUCCUGCUGGUCCGUGUGCACCACUGCACCUUAACAUCACACACACACACACACACACACACUCAAAGGGUCAUGGUUGUUGUAAUUAAAUUUUGAUAAAGGCACAGUCACUGUUACACGUCAGUGGUGCACGGAGAAGACGACACACACACACUGAAAUGUUCAGUCUUUCACUCGCCCACACACACACACACACACACACAAAUGCUUCACCGCAGAGUCGAGCAGACGCGCGCGCACACACACGUGUGCGGUCUCUCUUUUCUCUUUCAUUCGUCUUUUUGUGAGGUGUCUCCAUCACGCACGUCCUCCAGGUUUUCCAUGCUGUCCGUCCUCCUCUCUCUCACUGCCUUGUUUUCCUUCAAAAUUGCCCCCACAACAAACUAUUGGCUCUGAAUUGCACUCUCUUUCUGAAAUUCUAUUUGGCAGACUGUUUUCAUGAGUCAUUACUGAAGUAGUUUUUCAGGGGUUCUUCAACAAACAAACAAACAAACAAACAAACAAACAAACAAAAAGGCUUAGGCUUGACUGAUGUUCUUUUAGUAGUGAUUUUUGAUUCGCCAUGGUUUCUAAAAAUGCUGCUACCCAUUUGUAAAUAUACGUGUCCUUGCUGGUAAGAUGUACAUAUGUAGAAAACAAACCCCUGCUAGUAAAGUGUACUGCUAUUUGAACCAAAUAUGUGGUUAUUUUAAAAAUAAAUUUGACAUCAGAAAUGUUAUAUUAACAUUUAAGUUCUGUAGUUUUCUAUGUCACAAUUUUUUGUAGUGGGUGGAAAAAAAAAAUCAAAAUUUAUUGCUCAUAGACUUUUUUGGUGAUAUUUCCUCUCACACGUUUUAUCCUGUGUGGCAAAAAAUUUUGAAGAAAAAAAAAACAAA